AUGGUUUACUCCAAACUCCAGAACAGUCUCAGAAGAGACUCUUCAAUCCAGCGCCACACGGACCUCAACUUCUUUGCCCUCUCCUCCCAAAAAAAGGCCAAAGAACCGGAGAAUAUUGACGGUCUUCACCCAAUCGACCCGGAUCAACCUGACCAGACCAGUGCUGGCUCCAGAUCCCCCAAACGUCGAGGUGGUGAAGACCUUAAGAAUGUACUCUACGAACCAGAGGUUUUUGUUGUUCAACCGGCCGAGUACCAAAGAGCAGCAAAAACCCUGAAAAUUGCAUUUGGCAAAGAUGAAUUCGUCAAGUAUCUGACUUCUCCAAUGCAGUCAAACUUGCUUCUGAAAGAACAGGUUGACGAAGCCUUUUUUGAGGCUACGGUGUACCUGGCCAUUUUGGACGGUGUCGUUGUCGCGAUUCGUGACGAAGAAGGCGAGAAAACCGACCCGGAAUGCCCAUUUCUUGCGGUGGCAUGUUUUUACAAGCCUGAGAGCGAGCCCAUGUCUUUGACAAAUUACUUCUACAAAAUGUGGAAGUCGGGGUAUCUCAAGUUUGCAUGGUUGGCCAACCAAGAAUGCCGUCGAAGGGUUUUCCAAGAACAGUGGCCACUGCUGAACCAAGCCAAAUCCAAGGUAUUGGGGUUCAGAGAGAAGAACUCGUGGUAUCUCUCCGAUAUCGGAACGACUCCUCAAGCUCAGGGAAAGGGAUGUGCUCGGAAGAUGUUGUCGUACAUGUACGAUAAUUACAUUGAUCCGCAAUCCAGUUUCUUGUACUUGGAGUCAUCUCAUCCUAGAAACAGGAAGAUUUAUGAGAGAUUGGGAUUCACUUAUAUCGAGACAAUCGCGGUUUGCAAUAUGGUUUGCGAUUGUUUAGACGAGUGUGAGGUCCACGAACCAAAGCCCUUGACCAUGGAUCUCAUGGUUAGAGGUGUUAGAGGUGGAUGUUGGUACGAUGGAGAAAUUUCUGAGUAA